AUGAGGGCCUUCUUAAGUAAUCAGAAAUAUGAGGAUAUGCACAAUAUUAUUCACAUUUUACAAAUUGGAAGAUUGAGGCACAGAUAAAGUAACUUCCCAAGGCUACCAGGCAUUCUAGCUCCAGAAGCUGCACUCUCACUAUUUUGCUACAAGAUAUUUUGAAAAAAAGAAAAAGUAAAAAGAACAAAGGCAACAGAGUUCCUUGAUUAUUCCACAGAACAGUCACACCAUGCCAUUCUCGAACACUUGCAGACACACUUGGCCAUGAAAGGUUCCUCAGUGAAUACCUAUCUAGUAGCCAUAUUACUCACAUUGAUCUUACAGGUAACUCAAACCCUAGGUCUGGAGUGCUGUCUUCUCUAUCUAUCUGAAACUAUACACCUGCCGACCACAUAA